AUGGAGAAAGUGGGCUUUCCUUGGUUCGUUGGAGGUGGACUCGAAGUCCUUGAAAAGGGUUUGUUGUGCAUACCAAAGGCUGGCACAUUCAAUGAACAAGGUAUUUUCCAGCUUUUACCUGGGUUCGCCAACUACGAAAUUGGUCAUUUCUAUAGCUAA